CUUUACCCUAACACCCUCAAACCCUCCAGUGCCCAAGAAUCUCACUCUUCUCCUCCUCCUCUCAGAGAACAAAAAAACCAGACUGCGCUCCGUAACGGCUGCAAUCCCAGCCGCUGCCGCCAGCGCAACCACAACCACAACCACUGUCAUCGUCGCUCUCCCAAGGUCAAUCGUCUCCCUCCUCCUCCGUUUACUUUCGCCACUGCUCCGAGAUCGGUUUCACUGAUCGGAGCAUUUUUAUGGUUUCUCUCGUCGCCUGUCGACUACGGCCUUGUUGCGGCUGAGGUGCGCGCUUGUAUUUCUUCUCUUCUUGCGAUUACAUCUCAAGUUUGUGUGUAUUCGUUUUCUGGCAGGUCGGAGAGGUUUUGAUUUUGUAGCGCCAUGUCGAAUUUUGCCAAGCCGGAGAACGCGCUUAAGCGCGCUGAAGAGCUGAUAGCUGUUGGACAGAAGCAAGAGGCUCUCCAGACGCUUCACAACCUGAUAACCUCGAAGAGGUACCGAGCAUGGCAGAAGACACUUGAGCGGAUCAUGUUUAAAUAUGUUGAGCUGUGCGUCGAGAUGAGAAGAGGGAGAUUUGCCAAGGAUGGGCUGAUACAGUAUCGCAUAGUGUGUCAACAAGUGAAUGUGAACUCGUUGGAGGAGGUAAUCAAGCACUUUAUGCAUCUCUCCACAGAGAAAGCUGAACAGGCUCGAACUCAAGCACAAGCACUGGAGGAAGCUCUCGAUGUUGAUGAUCUCGAAGCUGAUAAAAGACCGGAAGAUCUGAUGCUUAGCUAUGUCAGUGGGGAAAAGGGGAAGGACAGGUCUGACCGUGAGCUUGUUACCCCUUGGUUCAAGUUCUUGUGGGAGACCUAUAGAACUGUGCUGGAAAUUUUGAGGAACAACUCAAAAUUGGAGGCAUUAUAUGCGAUGACAGCACAUCGUGCAUUUCAAUUCUGCAAACAAUACAAGCGAACAACCGAGUUUAGACGGCUGUGUGAAAUUAUCAGAAACCAUCUCGCCAACCUCAACAAGUAUAGAGAUCAAAGGGACCGACCUGAUCUGACUGCUCCUGAAAGCUUGCAGAUGUAUCUCGAUACAAGAUUUGAACAGCUCAAGGCUGCCACUGAGCUUGGGCUCUGGCAGGAAGCGUUUCGUUCUGUUGAAGAUAUUCAUGGCUUGAUGUGCAUGGUGAAGAAGACACCCAAGGCAUCCUUGUUGGUUGUCUACUAUGCUAAGCUGACUGAGGUCUUUUGGAUCUCGUCGAGCUAUCUCUAUCAUGCUUAUGCCUGGUUCAAGCUUUUCAGCCUUCAGAAGAGUUUCAACAAGAACUUAAGCCAGAGGGAUCUGCAGUUGGUUGCUUCAGCUGUUGUCUUGGCGGCUUUAGCAGUGCCUCCAUAUGAUACUCGUCGUGCCUCUCAUGUGGAACUUGAAAAUGAGAAGGAGCGUAAUUUGAGGAUGUCAAAUCUCAUUGGAUUCAAUCUGGAUCCCAAAGCUGAGAGCAGAGAAGUGCUUUCAAGGGCAGCUCUCCUCUCCGAACUGGUGUCCAAGGGUGUGCUGAGCUGUGCGACUCAAGAAGUGAAGGAUAUUUACCAUCUUCUAGAGCAUGAGUUCCUUCCAGUCGAUCUUGGUGCAAAGGUGCAGCCUUUGCUGUCCAAAAUCUCUAAACUUGGGGGAAAGCUUGCUACAAUAUCUUCUCUGCAAGAGGUUCAGCUAUCCCAAUAUAUCCCUGCCCUCGAAAAGCUUGCUACUCUCAGGUUGCUCCGACAGGUCUCUCAGGUGUACAGCACAAUGAGGAUCGAGAGUUUAUCUCGUAUGAUCCCCUUCUUUGGGUUUGCUGUUGUGGAGAGAAUUUCUGUUGAUGCAGUUAAACACAAGUUCAUUGCUAUGAAAGUGAAUCAUAUGAAGAGUGUUGUAAUGUUUGGAGAUGCGCUCCUUGAAUCUGAUGGCCUCCAAAACCAUUUGGCUUUGUUUGCCGAAUCCCUGAACAAAGCGAGGUCCAUGAUAUAUCCUCCUGCGAAGAAAUCAUCAAAGCUAAGUGACAUUUUACCUGCACUCGGGGAGACUGUCGACAAGGAACACAAGAGACUUCUUGCUAGGAAGUCUAUAAUAGAGAAAAGAAAGGAAGAACAAGAACGGCAGCUUCUCGAAAUGGAACGAGAGCAAGAGUCGAAAAGAUUGUCUGAACAGAAGAGAACAGAGGAGCAGGAGCAAAAGAGGCUCGCGGCAGAGUACGAACGCCUCAAGAACCAGAGGAUCCUUCGGGAAAUUGAGGAGCGCGAACUUGAAGAGGCACAGGCAUUUCUCGAGGAAACUGAGAAGCGUAGCAAGAAGAAGGGCAAGAAAGCUGUUGUAGAAGGAGAAAAGGUGACGAAGCAAUCCUUGAUGGAAAGGGCUCUGAACGAGCAGCUUAGGGAGAGGCAGGAAAUGGAAAAGAAACUGCAGAAGCUGGCUAAGACAAUGGAUCAUCUGGAGCGGGCUAAGAGAGAAGAAGCAGCUCCAUUGAUUGAGGCUGCCUUCCAGCAACGCCUCGUCGAAGAGAAGGCCCUACAUGAACGCGAACAACAGGUAAAACUAUCUCCCUGAUUGAGCUUUAUAUAAUUUUUCAUGUCUUCACUUUCUGAAGUUUGUUGAAUCCUUAAUUGGCUUCAUGAGACUUCACUAUGUAUAAUCAUGUUGAGUGGUUGCAGCUGGAGGUUGAACUGAGCAGGCAGCGCCAUGAUGGAGACCUCAAGGAGAAGAACAGGCUUAUCCGCAUGAUGGAUAAUAAGACGAUUUUCCAGGAGAGAGUCAUUGCCCGUCGGCAAGCAGAGUUUGACCAAAGGCAAGCAGCAAGGGAAGCGAGGAUCAUUCAAAUAAUUCAGACGAGGAGACAUGAGAGGGAGAUUCAAAGGAAGAAGAUAUUAUAUAUCAAGACUGAGCAGGAGAGGCUCGCUAGACUCAAGGAGGAAGAGGAAGCUCGUAAGCACGAAGAGGCUGAGAGGCGAAAGAAGGAAGAAGCUGAGCGCAAGGCAAAGCUGGACGAGCUAGCGGAGAAGCAAAGGCAAAGGGAUAGAGAGCUGGAAGAAAAAGAGAGAUUGAGGAGAGAAGCUCUAUUGGGCCCCAGGCCUCCCGCCAUUGCCGCCGAGGUCCCAGCUGCUGCUCCAGCUGCUGCUGCUGCGGCUGCUCCAGCUGCUGCUGCUGCGGCUGCUCCAGCUGCUGGUGGAGGUGCUGCUGCACCACAGAAAUACGUCCCGAAGUUCCGUCGUGGAGGUGGUGGUGAGAAUCCCCCCGCAGCCAGACAGCAGGCUCCUCCUCCAGAGGCGGAGCGCUGGAGCAGUGGUGGUGGAGGCAGAGCUAGGCCUGGGGCUCUGUCGGAGACGACUGACCGCUGGACCCCUGGUGGCUCUAGGCAGGAUCCAGACCGACGUGGCAGCGGUGGCGGCCCAACAGACACCUGGCGCCGUGGCGGUGGUGGAAGCAGCAGCAGCGGAGGUGGUAGUAGUGCUUCGGGGUCCGGCACUUGGUCAUCUUCUAGGCGCUAAGGUUGAAAGCCAUUGAUGCAUCCUCUGCUGGUGUUUUUCUGCGGAGGGAGUCGGAACUCGAAAGUGAUUUUCUCGCUGCGUACUGAAAGGAAGUAAUAACUUGCUGCUUUUGUUUUCUGUUCUAAAGUUUUAAGGGACUUGUUGCCAAAUAGCUGAAGAUCUGGCGGUUUGUGUUUAAAUGUUGAUGUUUUUCGUUCAAUUAAAAUGGCAAUGGUGAGGUGAAUACACUAGUAUUGGAACCUCGUCGACUUUUUGUCGCUUAUAUUUGAACUUGUUACCAUUUUUUGUUCUUUUACCCCCCAGAGUUAACAGAGUAGUUUGAAAAUAAUUAGAAAAUGUAUGAUCCAGCUUAGCCCUCCUCCCAAAUGAGAAAUUUGGACCAAUAAUAAAGUAACAAGUAAAUACAGCUUUGGAAUUCUGAAUAUUACUUGGUUGGAACACAG